AUGAGAGCAUUCUCGAAGAUGGACUGCGCCCGCGACGAAAACGAAAACGAAAAAGGCACGCGAAGAACGAUAACGGGAGCGAUGAACCGGCCGCUUUGGCCGAUUUGUUCGAAAGGCAAAGGCGAGUUGCGGAUUCGGCGCGGCCCAGAGGCGCGUGUAAAUCACCCGGGACGACGCCCCGUCACGUUUCCCGCCAUCGUAUCGACGCCGCGAAAAAUAGCCUUGCGAUAUCGCCGGGAACGCGCCGAUAAUACGGACGCACAACGCCUGCGACGCCGAAGCGGGCACAACGCGCGCCAUCUGAGCGAACACGGAGACAUAAAUUACGGCAAUGCCUAUGUAUCAGAGACCCCCCUUCUGGAGAGUUCCGCAUCAGAGGCCAGACCCCGACGA